AUGGCUAUGGCUGCGGCUUUGGCGGGCAUGGCAAUGGAUGAGGUUAGGGCUAGCGCGGCUUGGGUCGCCGCUCGCUCGUCUCACGUCACCGUCGAUUCUGAAGCGAUUGAAAGAGUUGCAGACAACAUGCACGACAAAAUUCCAAAGAUAGAAUGGGAUUUCGAAGGGAUUCACUAUUUUGACGACGGCCCUCUCACCGUUCAGUACCUCUUUGUCCUCGACGCCCUUAAUUUUUGCUUCUGGCCUGAUAAGGAUUUAAACUAUGAUGAUCUGGCUUCUGGGUUGAAGGCAGCUCUGGAGAAUGACAAAUCCGUAUUUGAUGCUGAUCGACUGCAGAAGUACACUGGUCCUGAAUUGCGGAAAUUGCUGAACUGGCCAAGGCCCCUUCCUUUGGAGGAUGAGCGGGUUCGUUUGCUGCAUGAGGUUGGAUAUGAACUGGAAAGAAGUUUCGGUGGUAAGGCUUCCAACCUGGUGAAGUCCUGUGAGAAAUCAGCUUCCAUGCUUGUUGCUACAAUUACCAGUCACUUUCCUGGCUUCAGAGACCAUUCAGUUUACAAAGGGCACCAAGUUUUCUUCUACAAAAGAGCUCAGAUAUUUGCAGCGGAUCUGUUUGGUGCGUUCAAGGGCCAGGGAUACGGAGAUUUCCAUGACAUAACCUCAAUAACUAUUUUUGCUGACUACAUAGUUCCUGCUGUUCUAAGGGAGCUUGGGGUUUUAAUUUAUCAUUCUAAGCUUGCCACCAUGAUUGAUUCCGAAAGCGAGAUUGCUGCUGGAAGUGAAGAGGAAGUUGAGUUACGGGCCUGCUCCAUAUAUGCUGUCGAGAAGAUGAGAGACUUAAUUCGUCUCAAAUCCGGAAAGCAGGUGCUGACGGUGGAAUUGGAUCUGUGGCUGUGGGCUUAUGGCGUUCAACGCCCCUCUCUACAACACCACAGAACUCUCUCAAUAUACUACUGA